GUGGCUUGACCUACCAAGGCUUUUUCCUUUUCUGUUUAUAGGGUAGGUGCUCUCAGAACACUGCUGUGGGGCGGCUCAGCCAGUGUCUACAGGAGCAGCCCUUCCAUCGCUGGAGUAGCCCCCGCUCAGAAAGCAGACUGUGACGAUGACCCGCUGCUUCGACAAUGAGAGUGUGGGGUUUUUCUACAACAACAGCCAGAAGGAGCUGACCUCCUACUGGAGGACCAAGGAUGUCUUGGUUGUUACUCUGGGCCUGACAGUCAGCGUCAUCGUGCUCCUGACCAACCUGCUGGUCAUCACCGCCAUCAUCAUCAACCGGCGCUUCCACUACCCCAUCUACUACCUGCUGGGGAACCUGGCGGCCGCGGAUCUCUUCGCUGGCGUCGCCUACAUGUUCCUCAUGUUCCACACGGGGCCCCGGACAGCAGGGCUCUCCCUCCGCACCUGGUUCAUCCGGCAGAGCCUGCUGGACACCAGCCUGACCGCCUCCGUGGUGAACCUGCUGGCCAUCGCUGUGGAGCGGCACCAGACAGUCUUCACCAUGCAGCUGCACAGCACAAUGUCCAACCAGCGGGUGGUGAUUCUGAUCUGCUGCAUUUGGGUCACCGCCCUGCUGCUUGGCCUCAUCCCAUCCUAUGGCUGGCACUGCCUGUGUGAUCUGAGCAAGUGCUCCCGCAUGGCACCCCUCUACAGCAGGAGCUACUUGAUCUUCUGGGCCAUCUCCAACCUGGUCAUCUUCCUCAUCAUGGUGGUGGUCUACUCGCACAUCUUCAUCUAUGUCAAGAGGAAGAUAACGCACAUGUCCAAACACACCAGCUUCCACCCCCGCUACAAGGAGACCAUGAUCAAUCUCACCAAAACCGUCGUCAUCAUUCUCAGUGAGUUGUUUCCCGCUCAGUGCGGCUCCUCCCCGUGUCUGCCUGGGUCUUGGGGGAGGUGUUUUGAGCCACCCUCCUCCUCCUCUGGGACUCCAGGGGGAUGGUUUGCCUCUGGUGUAACUUAGAGCAGCCUCAAGACUCCCCUACCCUACCUGCAACUGGAGUGGCUCCCAUGGGGGUGUUUAGGGCAACACUGAGGUGGCAAUAACUAUGUCCCCUUGUCCUCUCCCACAGUGCCACCAACACACCCUGGAAGAUGCAAGGGGGCAGCUAUGCUAUCCGUAUGCCACUGAGGGGUUCCUGCAGGCUGGGAAAGUCCUCAGGCCUGCUGUAUUUCAACACAAAGGGGUGGUGCAGGGGUUAAGAAUCCAGCCCUCUGGCCCGUAAAAAGAAGGCUGUUUUUUUCUGGUGUCCUGCGUGUGUUUUAGUGGUAUGGCCUGCGUAAUGGAGAGAAGCUGAUCCCCAGCUGUCUACUACAGCCGUCCGUUUUAGUACACAGUGGUUCUGAUGUCAAAGUAGCUCUGUUCCUUUCUAUCCUGCUGGAGCAUCACAAGUGACAAAGGAAGUUCUGUGCACAAGUGACAGUCCUUGCCACCAAUAGUGCAGGUGUAAAGCACAGGGUAAGAGGAUGGAGCUGGGGCACUGAUAGCCCUUGCGACCUGCUGCACUUUCUUGUUUCCUCUCCUUCCACCAUCUCUCUUCAGCCUCUUUGACUACAGUGUGGCCUGUUACCUGCUGCAUCUUCCCAGCUUGGAGUGCUGAUUUUGAAGGUUUUCGAGUCCCUUUUGUCCAGGUCCUGGCUGCUCUGCGUAAACACUAAAGCCACCAGAAGGGGCUCUCUGUGAGAGCCUCUGGGCCAGCCCCCCUGUGGCUAUCCAUUGAGAAGCACCACAGAGAUCUGGCAAAAUACCCCAAGAGAAUCUGGCCCAAGGUUUGUCCUAGUCUCCCUGGCCAGUGAUGUGCAUUGGGGGGGCGGCUGCUGCUGCUGUCCUGCACUCCAGCGGCAGCUGCCCGUUAAUGUCUUGGAGUGUAAUAGUCUGUACAAGUCUUUGGGGAGUUUGAGGUGAAAGGCAUCAACCAUAAAGGGGAUAUUAGUUAUAAUUUAUAACCAUGCAGGCUGCAGCGCUGGGGUGCUGUUGCAGUGCCAGCAGGACCUUGUUGCAGGGUGCCUGGCAACUGCAGGUCUAUUUCGAGGAAAUCUGUUGAUUCUUUUAUCAUUACUUUUUAUUUACCACACCUAAAGUACUCCAUCUGCAGUGAAUCACCAUGUUAAGCAUCUCUGCAGCCCAGCUCAGACUGAGCCUGUGGUCAAACUCCCUGGCUUGCAAACCUCCCCUGAUAAGUGCAGAAUUUGCUCAGUCAGGGAAACCUUCAAGCUGCAAACAGGCUACUCCCUGCAAACUCCUGCUGACAGAGCUGGGCCCCGGAGG